AUGGCUAGCGAGACGCCCGUCGGCAAUGGUGGGAGCGGGCAUGUGUACGUGUAUGCUCUGCACGACUUUGAAGCAGAGAACCCGGACGAGGUGUCGUUCCAAGCUGGGCAAGCAGUCCUCGUUGUCGAGAAGGACGAUGCUUACGGCGACGGUUGGUGGCAGGUGAGUUGCGCGCAGCAAAGAGCGCCAACACCCCCGCAACAGUGUGGGGCUGGCGGUGUCACAGUGCAAUUCUCGUAUCCUUUCUCACUUGUGUACUGACACGCGCCUAUGACACGCCGAACUUUGCCAAGGGCACUAACAACAAAGGCGAGACAGGUCUGUUUCCAUUCAGCUACACCACCUUUGACAAGGAGUUGGCACAUCAAGCUCAGGUGGAUGCUCUCGCAGCUUUGAAUGGCUCUGGCGCUGUCAUGGGAAGCACAAUGGCCGACAUCGAUGCGGCGCUUGCUCACUUGUCUAAUGAAGACGUCCCAGGCGCCUCGCAGAACGGUAGCACUGCUCAAGAAAUCUCCAAGCCGGGCGACGGUCUGCCAAAAGGUCGUGCCAGCUUCGCGAGCGAUCGCAGUGGCGACAUGAGCGUCGGAGAGACCGAGGAUGGAGUGGAUGCAGAAGCCGAGAUUGCCUCUAGGCAAGCUGCUCGAGCGGCACUCGCCAUCAAUGCCCAAAAAGCGGCGGAUGCAGCUUCCGCUGAUCAACGAGCAGCCGAGGAGCGCAAGCGAAACGAGGCAGCUAGAAUCUUUGCUGAGGAAGAAGAGCGGCAACGUCAGAAGCUGCUUGCCAAAGAGGCUGAACGAAAGAGAGAGUUGGAGCAGGGCACAUUGAAGGCCGACGUUAAGGAUGACAAAGUUGCCCCCAUUGCUGGUGUGGAGAUGAGCGAUGAAAGCGACUCGGAAGGAUCGGAUGCUGCUGGGCCCACCACCACGCAUGCGCCGCUGUUCGGCAACCUCGCACCUCAGCAAGCGCCUCAAGAAACGCAGCGGUCCUUAUCACCCAUCGCAAGUGCUUCUGGUCACGGGCACAACAAAGCGCUGGCUGGUGCUGCUGCAGCUGCCGGCGCUACUGCUGGUGCUGCUGGUGUCGCUUUGGCACAUUCGCAGAAGAACCAACAAGCUUCGCUGCAGAGCCCAAUCAGCCCCACAGACAGGCGUCCAUUUGAUCAAGGUAGCGCAAGCACCGCGACGGAUGCCGGUGCUCCAAGCACCACCGCUACGAAUACCGCAGCUACUAGCGUCGCCGGAGGUAGCGAGACUCCUAAGAGCGCAUCAGCUGCGGGUCCUGCACGAUUCGGACAAUCGCUCUCGCCCGCAAACAGCCAAAGGGACGGGGGACCGGGAGGGGACCCACACGAAUGGUCCGUUGAUCAGGUCGUGGAGUGGGGUCGUUCGAAAGGAUGGGAUGAGGCGUCAGUGGUAUCCAAAUUCGCAGGUGAGUCGCUGCGUCACGGGCUCGCGUGCCUUCGAAACUAAGAUCUGCACCUGGCGCGCCUUUCAACUUCGCCAUCGCAGAGCACGAGAUUUCUGGCGAUGUCCUGAUGGAGAUGGAUGUGAACAUUCUCAAAGAGAUCGAGAUCAUCGCCUUUGGCAAGCGGUUCCAGGUCGCCAACGCAAUCAAGGAGCUCAAGAAGCAACUCGACCUGCCUGUGUCGCCUGCCCCGGCUUCAGCCCAAAGUGCGACGCAACCUUGGGGCCUGGCAUCGACUCCCGGAAUGCGUACCAGCAGCCCCGCACCACCCAGCAGCGCUGGUGGUCAUGGAGGUGCUGUGUCUUCCUUUUCUGGCACGGCUUCUGCACCACCACCAGCGAGCGGCCUUUUCGCCGGCGUCCCAACGCAGCCACCUGCGUUCGGCCCUCCUCAGCACAGCAGCAGCUACGAUCCUGCGAGCAUUGGACCAGCGCUUGGUAGUCGCGCAAGCAACGAUUCGAAUGGAGUGUACCCCAGCGGCAUGCCGGGUGCGCCGCCCUCCAGUGGCAAGGGCUCUCGUGGUCUUGGAGAAAGCACUGAACAGGUCGACCAGCAACCCGAUUCUCCCUUAGCUGGCCUCGCGAGCGACAAAGGUGUUGACAAGAAGGUCAAGAGUCCUGGUCCCGCUUCCCCUCGCAAGCGCGAGACUGGCAGCAACGGCCGAGAGUCAGGUGCUGGUGAGCGGACAUCAUUCUUUGGCUUCCAGAACCGCAACAGGAAGCCGCCUCCACGAGUUGUAUCCGGCGCUUCUGCUGCAACCUCUGGCAGCUACGAGGAAAGCUCGGGGGCCAAGGGGACACUUGGGCGUCUUGGCUUCUCUCGCCUCCGCGAGCGCAGUCAUCAGCCCCCCGAAGCGUCGCCAUCUAGCGACGCGAUCAAGGGGAAGAUCAGCCUUCCUACGAGCAGCCCAACUUACGACGCCAUGGGAGACACUGCGCGACGCAACAGGCAAAGUCAGCAAAGCGCGAGCUCUGGUGGCUAUCCCAACAGUGCGGGCCCAGGAGGCGCCUUUGGGCACGCAAAGCAGGCCAGCGUCGGCAGUGCUGGUCCUGCCGCUGGCGAUUGGUACGGACCCAACAGAGGCUCCAGCAACGAGCCACGCAGUCCCGGACAAGCUUCAGCUCCCACCGAAGGUCCUGUCAUGGCGCGAAUCAGGCCUGUCGACCUUGAAGGCUGGAUGAAGAAGAAGGGCGAGAGGUACAACAGCUGGAAACCUAGAUACUUGGCGCUCAAGGGCUCAGACCUGGUCAUACUCAGAGAUCCUGCUGCUCCCAAAAUCAAAGGCUACGUCAGCAUGAAAGGCUACAAGGUCAUCGCGGAUGAGAACACCAACCCUGGCAAGUACGGCUUCAAGAUUUUGCACGAAAAUGAGAAGCCGCACUACUUCUCUUCGGAUGAUCCUGUGGUGGUUAGAGAAUGGAUGAAGGCGCUAAUGAAGUCCACCAUCGGCAGGGACAACACACGUGCGUAUUGUGCCUAUCCCUCGCCAUGAGACGAGACUCUGGCAGACCUGCUGAUGAUUGACAUGCACGUACGGUCCCUGUUUCAGUGCCUGUCAUUUCUUCAUAUAACAAUGCGACCAUCUCGCUCAAGGAAGCGCAACGAAUGAAUCCGCCACCGCGCCCUCCGAGCCCGACGAGCCGCGCUCGAGCGCAAAGAGCGACAGCGCGUGCCAACAAGGAUCAGCUCACUGCGAAGGAUGCUAGUGUAUUGAUGGUGAGUCUUGUGCUUGUGACCUUGCCCAUCACGUCUGAGCUUGUCGUGCUUAGUCUGUUCCUGUUGAACUUGCAGGGACUCGGUCAACCCGCCAAUUUGAGGCAGGGCUAGUAAGUGCGCUUCGGUAUCCCCGACCAUCCCUUCUGCCCCCACUUCUCGCGCCUCUCCCAAUCCGGAGCCAUUGGAUCAGCUAGUCAAUUCUCUCUUCAACAGACGGACAUCGUUCGGCGAGCUGCCAGGACCAGUGGCAGAGUCGCGGUCUUUUGCGAAAGAUCUGAUGCCGAGAGGAGAGAGACGUGUUGGGAGACGCCGUAGAGGGGAGGCAUUCGAACUUACUAAACCACCUGUUGAACUGCGACUGCUGCGCUCUUGUCGGACCACACUCGAGCCCGCCAUUCCACUACUUCCCCACACCACCAUACCCAGCGUUUGUUCACCAGACCCAUUGACCCCCCCUUUCUUGUGGCAUCACUUGCGGGUGUGGAUGAUGCCCUAUGUAAACGCUCCUACGCCUAUGCUUUCCGUAUUCCAUGGGUUCGCUUCAAAAGCCGCGUCGCUCGACAUCUCAUCUUCAGUCUGUUCGAUCGCUGCCCCUCAUUCCUCCUGCCCAACAUGUAGAGGCACGUUUUGCUGUGCGAUACAGCCUGAUUAGCUCCUGUAGCUUCACUUAGUUUAGCGCCGCUGGACAGCAGUCGCAGGCAGGUAAGCUAGUAACAUCGGAUGCGCGCGAAGCGCUGUUCUGUUACCUGUACGGACCUUCCUGAUCAUUUUCCCUCAACUCGUGCGCGGUGGCUUCCCGUCGCUGCCACAAAAAGCUUGUGCUGACCAAAGGCGCCCUUCUUUCCGAUCCGCUCGUAACCAUCCGCGAUCAUCAGCGGAGAUUGUAGCUCGCCUCCCUUAGCCACAGGUCCUUGGGCGCAUGAGGCUGACAACCACCGUCAGUCAGGGACAAAAAGACAACAUCUUGGCGGUACAAGUCCACUUUUUUUGGAUCACAAUCCGCGGCGCAGCUUCAAACGAGAAGAUAUUCCUCCACCCGUGGGCUUGGCUGCCCUCCGUCGAUCCAACAGCUUCACUAGGUGCGAGAAUGCGGUCCAUCGAGAUGGGACCUGCUCCGAUACGGAAGGUGAUCCUGGACCGCCCCGUUUGAAUCUCGCACGACAACAAAAUUUUAGGGGUAGCCAUGGUCCAUUGGACAUUCUCAGGUCUCCUACGAAUAAUUCUGAAGCCGUAAAUCCUUCACAGGGCUAUGUGUCCGGUUUAAGAGACAAAGGUGUCAGCACCUUUGCGCCAUUCAGCUAUGAUCGCAAGCUCUGCUCCACCCUUCUGGUGCCUCCGAAGCUCGAGCCUGUGCCAGGUUCUCCAAAUCUGCAGCUCGACCAGUCGUUCCACAACUCUCAAUCGGGCCCUGAAAUUCGCAAUGGUGCGCGCAUAGACACUCCGCCAAGCUCGCAGAUCUUGUUCGUUCAGGGCAAGGGCAAGAGAGGAGCGUCUUCGGACGACGACCUAACUCCAACACCAGCACUAGCACCGCCCUCAAGGACCCCGGACGUGCCAACAACGCCAAUCACGGGAGGAUCUGUAUCGACGAAAGGCUCGACUCUCACUACUGGGUCGUUCUUCGACCUCAGAGAUUCGAGGUUUGAGAAAGGCGCAGUCAGCAUGUUGAUUGAGGACCUGAAACGCCAAAAUCAAGGGGAUGACAAAGGGACUGGAGAUCAGACUGAUGCUGAUGCCUCGACAUUCUGUCAAGGAUCUUCUUCGAACAUUGGCGGGAGGGGAGCAGACGCCAGAGGGCCAGGCAGACUCGCAGCUCCGUCCGAAGCUAUCAACAUCAUGGCUAUGCCAGAUAGAUCCGGGCCAUUCAACAGGAGUCCGCCGGCUGCAGGCCUGUCAGCGAGAGGGCCGACGCCGUUGAGCAUUACUCGAGGGCCGCAGCACACCGACGCGCAUCCUCGCUUCGCGCCAAGGCAGCGUCAUCACAGUGACUCACCUUUGUCUUCCCCAAUGGCUAGAGUCGAUGAGGAGGGUAGGGGAUUCCCUCGCGCUGUGCAAAGCAACUUGGCCUACCUCCUCGAGAAUGGAGAUGAUCGAGAGAGCAUCAUGACUCCUGGGACGAACAGCUCGGGUGAAGACCUUCUUACCCGUGCGGACCGUUCUGCGGUGGAGUCAUGUGCAGCCAAGGUAGACUGGGGACAGCCUGCAGAGUCUCAACGACCAGCUCGAGGCUCCACUUUACCUCCGGGCGCGGCUCAACCUGCAAAUUUUGGCGCCAAUCUUGGUUCGCUUAUCGACCUUCGAGCAGGAGGAACGCCAGAUUGUCUGACCUCCGAGAGAAGCUUCCAUCCCGAAUCUUCUAGGACUCUCCCGCCCCCUUGGCAGUCAGGCCAAAGAUACAGGACGGCACCAAUCAACAGAGACAGCCCCACGAGCUCGCAGCGAAUGCGGCCAGUCCAUGCGCACACUGCUCCUCCUCUCGAAUCAUGGCUGUUCUGCGAGCCUAGCCAACUGCCCUCAAAUCAAGCAGCAAGUUCUUCAAAAAUUGGAGCAAGCGCGAGCACAGGAACCAUGGCAACACCUCGCAGCUCGCGAGGGAGGACAGUCAGCUCUCCAGACUCGGCAUCACUGCCACGUCCAGAAGUCAGGAAGAUGCCUUCAAAUGACAAUUGGGUGGUGACAGCAGCACCUUCCCAAGUGCGUAUGAAGGAGAAAGUACCUAGUCCUCUCUCACAGAGCACCACCAUUAGCGCUUCCUCUAGCCCUUCGAAGGAUGUUCGUCCAGUCUCUCCAAAUCGUCUGAGAGGAUUUGCCGCCCAGCUUCGAAGACCUACUACGAUGCACAGCCCAACAAAAAGCAGCGCGGGCUCGCCGUUGAACUCAGGGUCGGGAAGUAGCUUUGCUGGCGUCCGCACUCCCACGCGUGCGAGCAGUAGCAGCGAUACGCUAUCGGGGUCUCCACCUCCUCCUCUGAGGCUGAAACCUUUCAAGAUGACAAGGCGGAGCGGCGGCGCGUCCGGCGCGUCCAAGGACCAGUAG